AUGGCCCGACGCCGGAGCAGCGGCGGCAUCUCGUCCGCGCUGAGCCUGGGGCUCGCCGUGAUGGCCGUCACAUGGGCGACGUCCACGGCGCAGCAGCAGCAGCAGCAGCAACCGCCGGCCGUGCCAAGCGUGAGCGUGCCGAGCUGCCCGCCGGUGCAGGCCUCGCUGUCGCCGUGCGUGAGCUACUUCAUCGGCAACUCCUCGUCGCCGUCCGACACGUGCUGCGUCCAGAUGCGGGCCCUGUUCCAGUCGCAGGCGCCCUGCCUCUGCGCCGCCGUGUCCGCCGUGCCGUCCCAGCUCGGGUCCGUGGUCGGCGGCCUGCUCCCCACCGCCUGCAACCUGCCCCCCAACGCCUGCUCCGCUGUGACAGGGACCUCGGGCUCUGCUCCGGCCGGUGGCGCAGCGGCGCCGUCGUCGUCAGGGACACCUACUGAUGCUGCUGCCGCCGCGCCGGUGACCGGUCCGGCUGAUGCGAACCCGGCUGGUACGCCUUCCGGUGGUGGGGUGAAGUCGGUUCCGGGGACGGUUGAUUCGGCUGCCGUUGAGUGCAAGGGUACCUCCGCUGCCGUCGUCGUCCUGGCCAUGGCUGCCUCGUUCCUAGUAGCUGCUUCUGUUUUCUGA